AGUAAAAUUUCGAAAAUUACAACAGUAAAUCGAUCUGGUCCCUUAAUUUAGGAUCUUCUUCUCUGAAUCUCACGACGCCUAGGUCGAUCGUUGAGCUCUGUUUUCUGAUAUCGAAUCGAGAAAGAAGGCAGCAAGCAAUGGGGAGCUUGGGGACGUUGCUGAGGUAUCCAGAUGACGUAUAUCCGCUGCUGAAGAUGAAACGAGCCAUCGAGGAAGCGGAGAAGCAGAUCCCUCCCGAGCCACACUGGGGUUUCUGCUAUUCAAUGCUCCACAAGGUCUCUCGUAGCUUCUCUCUCGUUAUCCAGCAACUUGGUACCGAUCUUCGUAACGCUGUGUGUGUGUUCUACUUGGUUCUCCGAGCUCUUGAUACAGUAGAGGAUGACACAAGCAUACCAACUGAUGAAAAGCUGCCCAUCUUGAUAGCGUUCCACCGUCACAUCUACGAUACUGACUGGCACUAUUCAUGUGGUACGAAGGAGUACAAGGUUCUGAUGGACCAAUUUCACCAUGUUGCUGCAGCUUUUCUUGAACUCGAAAAAGGGUAUCAAGAGGCUAUCGAGGAAAUUACUAAAAGAAUGGGUGCAGGAAUGGCCAAGUUUAUUUGCCAAGAGGUAGAAACUGUUGAUGACUACGAUGAGUACUGCCACUAUGUUGCUGGACUUGUGGGUUUAGGUCUGUCGAAACUCUUCCUAGCUUCGGGAACAGAAGCUUUGUUGCCAGACUGGGAGCGGAUUUCCAAUUCAAUGGGUUUAUUUCUUCAGAAAACAAACAUUAUCAGAGAUUAUCUUGAAGACAUUAAUGAAAUACCAAAGUCUCGCAUGUUUUGGCCUCGCAAGAUUUGGGGCAAAUAUGCUGACAAGCUAGAGGACUUAAAAUACGAGGAGAAUUCAACUAAAGCAGUGCAUUGCUUGAAUGAAAUGGUCACUAAUGCAUUGACGCAUAUUGAAGAUUGCCUGAAGUACAUGGCUGUGUUGCGUGAUCCUUCUAUAUUUCGGUUCUGUGCUAUCCCUCAGAUCAUGGCGAUUGGAACACUUGCAUUGUGCUAUAACAAUGUACAAGUAUUUAGAGGCGUGGUGAAACUGAGGCGAGGUCUAACUGCCAAAGUCAUUGAUCGCACAAAGACAAUGGAAGAUGUCUAUGGAGCUUUCUAUGAUUUUUCUUGCAUGCUAAAAACAAAGGUCGACAAGAACGAUCCGAAUGCCAGUACGACGCUAAACCGACUUGAAGCCGUUCAUAAAGUCUGCAGAGACACUGGAGUCCUUCAUAACAGAAAAUCUUAUAUUAAUGACAAAGGACAAUCUGUCAAUGUCUAUAUUGUAAUGCUUGUGAUUCUACUGGCAAUAGUCUUUGCAUAUCUCAGAGCAAACUGAGUGAUCAAUGAUUGACAGUGUGAUUCGUAGGUUCAUUCUUGUUCAGCGUGAAUCACGCCACUCUCUUUUUCUUAUAACUGAAUUCCUAUUCAAGAUUGUUUCUAGAACAACCUGGUUUGGUCUAAACCAAUGUAAUUUGAAUAAUCAUACUUUUUUCAUAUAUCUCUCUUGUUUAUCAAUAUAUAUUGCCAAUGGUU